UGAAAGGUCACCAUUACUGUCAAUCUAUCUUCAUCCACAAAUUUAAGGGCCCAUAUCAGCAUGACUAACAGGCAUUAGCACAUGGCUUUGCCUUCGGUGGUUAGUGGCAAAUAUUUCAGCUCCAGCUCAAAGCCUUCUCUAGCCUCUUGUAUAAACAAUCCCCCUUUCAUUAGCUUUUUCGUCAUCAUUCAUCAACCACAAGCAAUAUCUAUUCAGCUAUCAAACGUCUCUAACUUCUUGUUUCCAACCUUCAAGAGAAAAAACAAUGCUUAGUGCUAAGAAACUCAUCAAGAUGGAUAGGAAAUGGCAGAAGUUUGCAGCCAUGCAGAGGAAGAGGAUUUCACUUCCAAGAAAUGGAAAUGAUGUGGACAAUUGUAGUACGUCUUCAUCAUCUAUAGCUGGAAAAGGCCAGUUUGUAGUGUAUUCAACUGAUCAAAGGCGCUUUGUGAUUCCAUUGGCUUAUCUGGAAAAUGAGCUCAUCUUGCAACUUUUAAACAUGUCUGAAGAAGAAUUUGGCCUGCCAAGUGGCGGUCCUAUUACAUUACCGUGUGAUUCAGCUUUUAUGGACUACAUUGUUUCAUUAAUCAAGAAAUGUGCAACUGAUGAAGAUCUUCAGAAAGCGUUGCUCCUCUUGGUUAGUUCAAGUUGCUCUUCAACUUCUUCUUUCCACCAAGAAUGGAAAAACCAGCAGCUCCUUGUUUAUUGACUCAUGAUCAUUUUCUUUAGUAAAUGACAAUUGUAUAUCAGAUCAAAUGUAGGUAAUUGAAUUAGUGUACACAGAUAGAGUUGUUUUUUAACUGAAAUUCCACCAGAUUUAAAGAUUUCAUUUGUCAUCUUGGGCUGGCACUAUUAUAGUAAAAAAAAUUGUU